AAAAAAAAAAAAAAAAGAUUUAUAUUUCUUCUCCUUUUUUUUUAAAAAAAAAAAAUUAUCCCCGGCACACCCCAAAAAAAAGGAGCCUCGCUUAGAUGACUCACGAAGCUUCACCAUUGUUGAGAGACGAGGGACCAGCCUAUCAAUCCAGUAACUCUAAUGCACCCAGUUUAAGUUCAGUCGUAUCGACAAGUGGCGAAAUUGACACCACCAAAGCAAACGAUGCAUUAUUAAAAAAGAGAUUGAAUGGUGCUUCAAUUUACGCUGUCUUUUCUGGUAUCUGGAUUGCUGUUAUUUUAUCCUCUUUAGAUUCUUCAAUUGUUGCCACUAUUUAUCCUCAAAUUGGUACGGAGUUCAAAAGAUCAAAUGAAAUUGUUUGGAUUGCAACAUCGUACAUGUUAAGUUUCACAGCAUUACAGCCAUUAUAUGGCCGUAUCUCGGACGUAUUUGGUCGCAAGUCCUCUAUGCUUUUCGCUAGUUCAGUUUUCUUUAUUGGCUCAUUACUUUGCGGUGCUGCCACUAAUUUAUGGGCUUUAGUAAUAGCUCGUGCUAUUGCAGGUAUAGGCGGCGGAGGUAUUAAUUGUUUAACAACUGUCAUUACUGCGGAUCUUGUACCAUUGAGAGAAAGAGGCAAAUUUCAAGGUUAUGGCAAUAUUGCCUAUGCUGUUGGUUCUGUGUUGGGCGCUCCCUUGGGCGGAUUUAUCACUGACAGUUUGGGAUGGCGCUUCUGUUUCUUUAUCAAUUUACCCCUCCUUGUUGUUACCAUUUAUGUAGCCACCAAACUCUUAACCAACUAUAACUUGGAAGAAAAUACCAGUGGGGAGACGUUAUCGGAGCGUUUGAAAAAGAUUGAUUAUGCUGGUGCCAUUACCAUUGUUUUAGCUGUCAUUUGCUUCUUGAUGGCUACUUCUUUGGGUGGUAACAUCAUGCCUUGGUCUGCACCUAUUGUCCUUGGAUGCUUUUCCAGCGCAGUUGUGCUCGCCAUUGCUUUCUGUAUCAUUGAGGCUAAAUAUGCUAUCCAUCCAUUGAUGCCCUGGGACAUUAUCUCGAGUCGUACUCCCUUGGCUUGCUCAUCUGCUAAUUUAUGGUGUGUCAUGGCUACCACUUCUCUGAUUUACAUUACUCCCUUAUUUUAUCAAGCUUUAUUAGGUUAUAGUCCAUCUACCGCUGGUGUUUAUAUCAUGCCCAAGGUAGCUUCUGUCUCUUUCGGAUCUGUCAUGUCUGGUAUUUACAUGUCAAAAACCGGUGAAUAUCGCAAAAUUACUAUUGUGGGUUCUUUGAUGGCUUUUAUUUCGAUGGCUGGUUACAGUAUGUGGACACCUAGCACACCUUAUUAUUUCCAAUUCUUUUGUUUAUUAAUUGACGGAUUGUCACUUGGUGUUGUUAUCACUACCACACUUAUUGCAAUGCAUUCCUGUGUGGACCCAUCUGAAAUUGCGACGAUUACAUCCAUGUCGUACUUGUUCCGGUCCAUCGGUGGCGUUGUUGGUAUUUCAUUAACGUCGGCUAUUUUCCAAGGCGUGGUGAAACAAAUUUUACAAGAAAAGAUUACGGGACCUGAUGCAGCUCUGUAUAUUGAGAUUGCGCGUAAAUCGAUGACAGAAGUACGCGAACUUUUACCAGAUGAUGUGCUGACCAUUGUGUUGGAUGCCUAUCAAAAGGGAUUACGAUAUACCUUUACGGCCUGUGCGGGACUUGCUGGUCUUUCCUUCUUCAGUACCUUCUUUAUUGAAAGCUUUGAUCUUUCACGCAGAGUCCCCAUUCAAAAGAAGAAGUAACAAACAAAUAGAAUAUUCUACUUGUUUUACUUUUAUGCCGUUUUUUCUUUUUAAAUACAAAUAAAAAAAUUUGCCCCAUUGUUUCUUAUUGUUGUUAUCAUAAA